AGCCCUCUCUUGACUCUUGUUUGCUUAUCUCCAAAAUUGGAAUCUAUUUAAAAGCAUACAGCUUUGUAGAUUCCUACAGUUGGGAGGGACCCCAGAGGCCAUCCAGCCCAGCCCUAUUCAGGCAGGAAAAACACCAUUCAAGCCCUCCGGACAGAUGGCCACCCAACCUCUGCUUCAAAACCCACAGAGAAGGGAAGAUUGCACCAUGGAGGCUCCUCCGGUCACCAUGAUGCCAGUCACUGGCGGGACCAUAAACAUGAUGGAAUAUUUACUUCAAGGGAGUGUUUUGGACCAGAGCUUGGAGAGCCUCCUCCAUCGGCUCCGUGGCCUUUGCGACAACAUGGAACCCGAGACUUUUUUGGAUCAUGAAAUGGUCUUCCUCCUGAAGGGCCAGCAGGCCAGCCCCUUUGUCCUCCGCACACGGCGCUCCAUGGACAAGCCCGGUGCUCCUUGGCACCUGCGGUACCUUGGCCAGCCAGAAAUGGGAGACAAGAACCGCCAUGCCUUGGUACGCAACUGUGUUGACAUUGCCACUUCUGAGAAUUUGACAGACUUCCUGGUGGAAAUGGGGUUCCGCAUGGACCACGAAUUCGUUGCCAAGGGGCACAUGUUUCGCAAGGGCAUAAUGAAGAUUGUGGUGUAUAAGAUCUUCCGCAUCUUGAUCCCAGGAAAUACUGACAACAUUGAGCCCUUGUCUCUUUCCUACCUUGUGGAGCUCAGCAUUGUGGCACCAGCAGGACAAGACAUGGUUUCAGAUGACAUGAGGAGUUUUGCUGAGCAGCUCAAGCCUUUAGUUCACUUAGAAAAAAUCGAUCCUAAAAGGCUGAUGUGAGUGUUUGGCUGUACCUAGAUCUAGAUCAGGUGUAGGCCAACUUUGUCCCUCCCCCCAGUUGUUUUGGACUUCAACUCCCACAAUUGGGAGUUGAAGUCCAAAUUGGGAGAUGAAGUCCAAAACAACUGGAGGGAUGUCCAAAGUUGGCCUAUGCCUGGUCUAGAUCCUUUUAAAUAGUGAUCUAUCUUUCAGGGUGUGUUUUAGAGGCGGUUUUGUCAUCCUGUUUGGUUCUCCUUUGCUGAAAUCUCUGGUAGUACACUUUCGGUGGCAGCCAAAGAAAGAAAGCCAUACAUGUUUCCUGCUAUCCCUCAAUUGUUUCGUUUUUUAAAAAUAAAAUAAUAAUUAAAAUUUCAAAA